AUUUCCUUUCAGAAAGACCCUAAAAUGCAGCUUGUUUCCUAAAACCAUGUAGUGACUCUAGACUGAGUAAAACAUCGCACUUUGUCCUGGUGUCCUGUUAAGAAGCUGCACAUCUAUGGAGUUCACCACAUGGCCGGCGCUCGUCACUAACUCCAACCAGUCGGUCAGGAACGAGUCGACCGCGGCCUGUUCGCGAGACAGCGCUCUGAAGACCACCGUCUUCCCUCUUCUCUACACCGUCCUCUUCAUCCUGGGCUUGUCUCUGAACAGUCUGGCGGCAUGGGUGUUCCUCCGGAUCCCCAGUAAAUCUCACUUCAUCAUCUACCUGAAGAACAUUGUGGUGGCCGACAUUAUCAUGACCCUCACCUUCCCCUUCAAGAUCAUCGCCGAUGCCAACCUGGCAUCCGUCGGCCACCGAGUGUUCGUCUGCCGCGUGUCUUCGGUGCUCUUCUACCUCACCAUGUACAUCAGCAUCCUCUUCUUUGGCCUGAUCAGCAUCGACCGCUGCAGAAAGACCAUGUGGCCCUUUGUAGGCACCAGCCCUAGGCGCCUGCUGCUCAGAAAGCUCCUCUCGGGCUUCAUAUGGACGUCGCUCUUGGCUCUUUCGCUGCCCAACGUAAUCCUGACGAGCCUUCCCAACGCUUCGAGUCGCUUUAAAUGCAGUGACCUCAAGACAAAUAUGGGCCUGAAGUGGCACGAGCUGGUCAAUCACGUGUGCCAGGUCAUCUUCUGGGCGAACCUCGUGACCGUGAUAGUCUGCUACACGCUCAUCUCCAAAGAGCUCUACAAGUCUUACUCCCGCACGCGAGCUCAACACCAGGCGAGGCCGCGAACGAGCGCCCCUCCGAAAAAGAGCAUUCAAGCCAACGUGUUCCUGGUGCUGGCGGUCUUCUUCAUUUGCUUCGUUCCCUUCCACUUCGCCCGGGUGCCGUACACCAUCAGCCAGACCCGAGGACGCAUGUUUAACUGCCAGCAGAAGCUGUUCUUCUUCCAGCUGAAGGAGACCACGCUGUGGCUUUCCUCCCUGAACUCCGUGCUGGAUCCGCUCAUCUACUUCUUCCUCUGUAAGUCGUUCAGGAGCUCGCUGUUCAAAGCCAUGCGUCUGUCUCCGGGCCGCUGCAGGGCGCUCAGGGAGAUCGGGACGGACACGGCCAGCACUCCUCAGACGUGACAGACAAACUGUGUUUCUGUGCCGCUGGAAAAACCAGUGGUUCUUUUGCACUAAUAAUCUUACUGACAUCAAUAUUCUUCUGCAUUUGAACUUAUUUUGAUGCUCAGGGCUGGGCAGUAAGUGAUUACAUGUUAUGGGGAUUAAUCAGGGUUGCGUUUCCCGGAAGCAUCUUAAGUACCCCGAUUUAAGUCAAUGGAGCUAUGAACAACUGAAUCUGGCAAAUGCAGCCAAUUCCAAAAGUUACCCAGAUAGAAAGAGAGCCGUGAAAAGCAUUGAAUUAAUGUUAAAAAUGUUCAUCAGUGAACAGAAUCAUAUAAAAGAGGAAAAAGCAGCUAUGAUAUCUGUCUAAAAAAGCUUUGACAGUAUUAUUCAGAAAGACUUGAUGUUUUCUAGUGAGUCAUAUCUCAAGAAAACAUUAUGAUGAGGGGAAUUUCAAACAUGUUUAGUAUUUCCAAACAACUCUAAAUGCAAUAUUAGCAAACCUACAUCCUCUUUUAACAUAGACAGAGUCCUGAAACCCAUAAACAUGAGCAAGAUAAGUCUGCAGAGAAGCAGAAAUCAUGAUCAAAGUGUGAUUUAUCAUGCAGAAUUUUAUACAGAAUUUAUUAUACAUAAAAACUGCUCACAAAUGUGUUUUAAUUCUUUCACUUCUUUCUAACUACACACUAUGAAUCAUCAGGUGAGAACUAAUAAAUAGCUUAUAAGUCAGUUCAUCCUUCAUAAAGCAUUGUUCUAAUAUUAUCAUGCAUUAGUAAGCAGUUUAUAGCUGAGCCUUUAAAUCUUCUUUGUAAUAUGAUGUGCUUAUAAAUCAAUCUGUGUAUCGUGUGGAAAGUUAUUGUGUGCAUUUUGCAUUUGGAGCGCAAUUGUGAUUUAAUUCUUUUUGGUGCUUUCUGUUUUGCUCCCCACUGUGACAGAGAGCCAGAUUUGGGUUAAUUCUGACAUAUCUGGCAAUAAAGCUUAGCUUAUAUGAAGACGAAGCCAUUCGGUUCCCAUUCAUUUGAUCUUUUUGUGCAUGUUUGUGGAAGAUAACAGCAAGGUCAACACAUGAACAAUAUUUUCUUGAUCACUUUUUUCAGCAAAACCGAGGGAAAAAUAAACUUUUUUUGCACCAUGCAAGGUAAAACACAAUUGUGCAAAACUGGUUAGAGAUGUAUUAUUUUGUUCAAUUUAGUUUUUGUGCAACCUGAUAUUUCUUUUUGUGCUCUCUAUGCUCUCAAUCUUGAGGCAGUAGCUGGUAGUAACAGAAAGCAUGUUUUUCAGUAUGUCAGUCAAAGCUGUGAAGUCUUGGUUUAGUUUCAGUAGUUUGGGGAGUUUUCUCCAGCCAGCGUCAGCCUGGUCUCUCAGCCUGUGGGAACGAGAGCAAGCCAUGUCUCUGUUGAUCAAUACAGAAACAAAAGUAAAACGUGUUCUGUUAAUGUAAGUGAGAAUGUUUCUUCUAAUUCGAUGUCAAAAAGCUUCAAACCUCAAAAGAGGAACUUUUUUUCCCCACUGUUAUUGUUGUUGUGACAGAUAUAGACAGUGUCCUUUUGGUCUCAAAAUAAAUGCUCUUUUUUUUGUUUUAGUUCAAUUUGGUCCAUGGCAUAAACUUGAGCAGAUCUUAAUAGAAAGUAGAUCUGUCUUCUAAACCUGUGAGUGAGGUUUUGGGUUCAUUAGACUAAAAAAACAAGGAGAAUAUCAGCAUGCAGGAAACGCUAAAACUGCACUACAAACCAGCGUGUUUUGAUUGAAAUGACUGGUUUUAAAGUGCAUGACCUCAGGAAAUGAUCCACACAGCCGCACGGGCUAAGAGGGAGCUAUAGUCCACUUUUAACAGUGAUUUAAUAGUGCACUUAAAAUAUAUAUAUAUAAAAAAAGUUGUCAGAUCUCAUUCAAAUGUGCUAUUAGUACAAUCCAUUUUAAUUAAAAAUAGGAAAGUAUACGUUUAAUUUACUUUAUAUGUACUUAAAUUACUUCUCAGAAAUAUACUUAAAAUGACGUUGAAGUAUACUUGACUUAAAACGUAGUCAAAUAUAUUUGAGCUAUACUUGUCCUCCUAGAAUCCAUGUUUUUAUCUAAUAAAGCAGGGGGCGCUGGUACACUUCUUUACAACUAGUACUUGUAAUCUAACAGGAUCCUCAGACAUGAAACUGUGUGGAAUAAAAUACUUUGGGCUUUUGGUUGACUCCGUCUAUCUAAAUGCAACUGAAUGGUCUUUUUUCAGCUUUUUGUUUUUGUUCUUUAUUUAUGAAACCACAUUCAAGUGUUUAAAAAAUGAAUGCAUCGAAUAAAAUAUACU